AUGCAGAGUGCAGGAGCAAACAAUUACUCAAGCAAUAAUGUGAUUUAUUUUUCAAGACCUUUAAGUGAUAAAAUCCUGUUGUUGCAGGUGCUGGUUGGCGUUUUUCUCUAUAUAAACUGCUUGAUGAUAUUCACAUUUCUGAAAAAGGAGUUUUUUAGGGAAGAAACACGAUACAUUUUGUUUGCACAAACCCUAUUUGUGGAUUCCGCACUUAUGCUGUUAACUGACUUGCUUUCAGUUGGAACAUAUUUCCAGUAUGCCAUGCACAUAAUUCCUUGUAGCAUCAUUUGUACAAUUUUGACCUUUCUUGCCUGCUGUACACCACUGACUUUGGUGGCAAUGUGUCUGGAACGUUAUGUUGCUAUAUGUUUGCCUUUGAGACAUGCUAACAUUUCUACAAGUAGGACCAGAUUAUAUGGGCUUUUAAUCAUAUGGUGUAUCAGUUCCAUAAUUCCAGUCUUUAAUUUUAUAGGAUAUUGGGUAGUACCCCCUGCUGCUCAGUACUCUUAUGCAGUGUGUACUGCGGAGCUAAUGUUGGGGGAAGCAUGGCAGGCACAUGGACGUGCUGUGAUUUUUAUUAUACUUUUCCUUGUUUUAAUCAUUACUAUUGUCUUCACCUAUAUUAAGAUAAUGAUUGCCGCCAAAGCUGCUUCUCCUGAAAAAUGGAAAUCAACUAAUAAGAGUCUCAAAACUGUGCUGCUUCAUGCCUUUCAGUUGUUUUUGUGCAUAAUGCAGUUUUUAAACCCAUACAUUGAAAUGGCAUAUUGGAAAGCUGAAGAAAUUACACUUAGGAAUAUUAAAUAUUCAAUGUUCGUUGUUUUUAUGAUUGCACCACGCUGUCUUAGUCCAUUCAUUUAUGGUCUUAGAGAUAAAAAUUUCUUUCAUGUUUUAAGACAUUAUGCUUUCUGUGGUGUUUAUGGUGUUCUUACAGGGGGAUUAAAGCUGAAUCAAAUCAGCAGCUACUGUACAACUGCUGUCUUCCUUUUCUUCGUCUUGCAACUGCUGCUGCAGAAGGUGCAACUGCAGUCUGCUCUGCAUUUUGGCCAUCUUGAAAAUUAA